AUCAAAUGCUUCAAAGCAUUUGUAGCGAGACUUUGACCACACCCUUAAGACGCAAAUUCUUUAUGUAUGUUCUGUGUGCAAAUAUCAACAAGAUUAUUGUGUGUGUGAGGUUAUUUUUGAAGGAUUAUAAAAUCGCGUGUCUAUACAAAGCAUCAACAUGAAAUGCUGUGUGCCUGGGUGUAAGCAGAGAAGUAAAAAGGGCCUUUCAUUUCAUAGAUUUCCAUUAAGAGACCAAAAUCUAUCUCAAUCGUGGAUUGAUCAAAUUUAUGCGUAUUUGGAAAAACAUAACUGUGAACGUGAAGGAUUCAAACAGAAUAAACAAUCUGUUUUGUGUUCAAACCAUUUCCUUAAAAGUGAUUAUGUUACUACAGUAAGCAGCCAUAUAUUAAAAGCUUCAGCUUGUCCUUCAGUCUUUUCGUGUGAUCCUAAUCCUCUAAAGAAAAAACUGUCUAAAAAAUUAAGCUCUACAACACCUGUACUUCGAUUGCGCUACAUUCUUCCAAAAGUGGACAUUGAUGAACUGGAAUAUACAAAAAAUAUCUCGUAUAUUCAAGAUUCGGUACUUGAAGAACCGGUGAUUAAAGAAACAAGAAUAGAGGAGCCAAUGAUAAAAAAGAGUACAGUCGAGGAACUGAUGCUAAAAAAAACUGAGUUCGAGGAACCAAUGCUUCAAGAAGUUGAGGCAUUGAUGCUAAAUGAAGAUACGAUCGAGGAACCGUUUAUCAAAAACACACAAGAAUCGUUCCUCGAAGAUUUAAACAAGAAUGUAUGCACCGAAUGUUCAUCAUUAAAAGAUAAAAUCCAGAAGUUAGAGGAAAAAAUGGCUUUUAUGGAAAAACUAUUAUUUAAGCUGAAAUCCUGCAAUGAAAGUGACAUUUGCGAUAAUUCUUCGCUUCAUCAUGAACAAUUGUCGCAAGAAUCAAGUACUCCAAUCAGAACAAUACAAAAUGAUCACUGUUAUGUAAGCACUUUACAAAGCUUGCGACGAAAGUUAGAUUUUUCGAAAGCCAAGGCAAUUAGGAUGACACAACGAAAACGUAAUACAGUAAAGAAAUUGCAUCGAUCAACGAUAAAAGUAUCGCAGUUACAAAAUUUGUUGGAGUCUAUGAAGGAAGAAAAGAUCGCUAGACCGGAACUCUUAAACCAUCUGGAGCAAGUAUUUGGUGAAGCUCCUCUACACCUUUAUGAAAGAAAAGUUACACAAAGUCCAACAAACCGAAGGACUGCGGGCGGGCAAUAAAUUAAGAAAAGCAUACAUGGAGUGGAAGAAAUCACCAAUGAGAAGGUAAAUCUCGUUGCUUAAACACUUAGCUCCAGCGUCACCGAUGCUAUAGACUUUUGCCGUGACAUCGGAGUGGUUGGUUUCGAAGAAAGCGCACCGACUACUAACUUCAUUCGAAAAAUUGAUCAAUGGUUCGACAUUAUGAACUCUAGAAAUCCGCAAGGUCGCGGUUUUAAGGCUCCACUAUCAACAAACAAUGACAGCAGUUGGAGACCAUUUCUACACGAAAUGGUUCAAUAUAUCUUGUCACUUCGGAUAAUUAAGAACAGGACUCCUAUAGUUGUCAGUUCAAAGAAAACUGGUUUUAUUGGUGUCAUUUUAUCCUGCGAAAGCAUGGUUCGUAUAUUUGAUGAAUUAAUGGGAAGUCACAAAACCCACUUAAAGUACUUUCUUAAGUAUAAAAUGUUACAAGAUCAUCUCGAGUUAUUUUUUAAUGCAAUCCGAGCUAGAGGAAGAUGGUGUAUUAAUCCUACACCUCGCCACAUGUCUUCGGUUUAAAAACAUCUGCUAGUGAGGCACUAAGUAAAGGCUUCAAAUGGCAAUGUGACUGCUAUGGAGCAAACUACAAUCCUCUUUGCGACUCGGAAUUCUAUUACUCAGUAUCGAGACACCGUAGCGCAAUGCGAUACCUUAACAUGUGCUUAUGCCGUUGAUGAUGAAACUUUUGCUUACAACUCUACCAAUACCUCUAUCAACAAAGAAACCAAAUGUUUAUAUAAUUUGAACGCUCUGCUAAAUAUUAAUGAAAAACAAG